AUGGCUCCUAGCAAAGGAUGGAUGGAUCUUGUUGGUGAUCGUCUUAAUGAUGUAUAUUUGCGUGGGGUUGAGGAAUUUUUAGACUAUGCUUUUAAGAAAACUGGGAGGCGUGGGGAAAUACGUUGUCCAUGUGUCAAGUGUAGUAACACGUAUUCCGCCACACGAGAAGUGGUAGGGACACACCUCAAGGUGUAUGGAAUAAUACGUAAUUAUACAUUUUGGUAUCACCAUGGAGAAAGGGUAGGUGAAUCUGAAUCUAAUUUAGAAAGUGUUCAACAAAGUGAAGAUGAGCCUAGCAAUGAGAUGCAUGACAUUUUAAGGGAUUUGUAUCCAGAGUUUUGUGGUCAAGAUACAAAUGAUAUGGAUACGGAUAUCUUCGCUUGUGAUAUUCAUAAAGAGGAACCGAAUGAGGAAGCAAAUAAAUUCUAUAGGUUACUAAGAGAUUUUGAGCAACCAUUAUACCAAGGUUCUAAGAGCUCAAAGUUAUCUUGCUUAGUCAAAUUGCUCCAUAUCAAGAGCCUUGGUCGAUGGAGUAAUGAGUCAUUUACUAUGUUGUUGCAAUUAUUGAAAGAUGAAUUAUUACCUCAAGGAUCUAAUUUGCCACAAUCGUAUUAUGAUGCAAAGAAAGUAAUUCAAGAUCUUGGUCUCUCAUACAAAAAAAUUGAUGCAUGUGUAAAUAAUUGCAUGUUAUAUUGGAAAGAGGAUGAGAGGCUAGAUUUUUGUAAGAUUUGUGGCUAUUCUAGAUGGAAGACUGAUAAAUAUAAUGGGGAAGACAAGGUUAAAACCAAUGGGAAGAGAAUACCAAAAAAAAUUUUGCGUUACUUUCCACUAAAGCCAAGACUUCAAAGAUUGUUUAUGUCCACAAAGACAGCGUCUUUGAUGAGAUGGCAUAAAGAUAAGAGGGUAGAUGAUGGAGUGAUGAGACACCCUGCUGAUUCAAUGGCAUGGAUUUCUUUUGACAAACUACAUCCAAAUUUUGCCUCAGACUCUCGCAAUGUGAGACUAGGCCUUGCUAGUGAUGGAUUUCAACCUUUUGCCAAUUCAAAAAUGCCAUAUAGUGUUUGGCCAGUUUUACUCAUUCCAUACAAUUUGCCACCUUGGAUGUGCAUGAAACAAUCAAAUUUUAUUUUAUCAAUGCUUAUUCCAGGUCCUGAGGGUCCCGGAGAUGCAAUUGAUAUCUAUCUUCAACCUUUAGUAGAAGAACUAAGAGAGUUAUGGGAAACUGGCAUUGAUACAUUUGAUGCAUAUGCACAACAGAAUUUCAAGUUACAUGCAGUUUUACUAUGGACUAUCAAUGAUUUCCCUGCAUAUGGGAACUUAUCAGGUUGGAGUACUAAGGGAAAGUUGGCUUGUCCUUGUUGUAAUAAGGACACCUGUUGGAUGAGGUUGGCCAAUGGAGGCAAGCAAUGUUAUAUGGGUCAUCGACGAUAUCUUCCUCUUAAUCACAAAUGGAGAAAUGAUAACAAAUCUUUUGAUGGCACAAGGGAGCGAGGGUUACCACCCAAGCCACUUUCAGGAGAUGAUAUACUUGAUCAAGUGAAAAAUCUUGAAGGGGUCAUAUUAACUAAGGCUCCUCAUAUGAAGAAAGCAAUCUCACAUGAUGGCAGGGGGGACAAUUGGAAUAAAAAGAGUAUAUUCUUUGACCUUCCAUAUUGGAGGACCUUAUUACUAUGCCACAACUUAGAUGUCAUGCACAUUGAAAAGAAUAUAUGCGAUAAUAUACUAGGGACAAUCAUGAACAUAAAGGGAAAAACUAAAGAUAGCAUCAAAACUCGCCUUGACUUGCAAGCAUUAAAUAUAAGGCGAGUUACACCCGAUCUGUGA